GCGCGCCCGCGAGCGUCUCUGCCACCACCGUAGCCAUGGUGAGCACCGCCGACGUCGAGCGCCGCGACGAGGAGGAGACCAACGAGCCCGGGGCCGGCGACGACGAGGACACCGGGGCCCAGGUUGCCCCCAUCGUCAAGCUCGAGAAGGUCGUCGUACCUAUUAGUUUUAUGGGAAUCAAAUAUUGCUUUCUUCAACCUUUGCUAGAAUGCUCUUUUCCCCCCCUCUUACCUUUUUGUUUCCAAUGUUGUGCAGAUUCUGGUCACAAAUAUGGCUUCUGUAGACUCCACUACAAAUAUUUGCUGUGGAUUCCUUUGGUCACUUUGUUUGUUUCGACGACAAAGAUGCGGGAGCAUGGUGGGAACGACAAAUCGUGCGUUUGGCACGCAACGGACUUCGUCGACGGGGAAUUGAAGGAGGAGAUGUUUGCUAUCCGAUUCAGGAAAACUCAAUUUGGAUGCAGAGGGCGGUGGUCCUGUGGACACUCUCCGGCAAAGCGAGACGCGGUGCUUGUGACUAAGGCAGUGGGGAAGCGGCGGUCAGCGACUGGGUGCUGAUCGAGGUCGCAUGCGCAAGGAGUU